AUGGCCGCUGUUGACCAGGGAACACUCAAAGAGAUGACCGCUGUUGACCAGGGAACACUCAAAGGGAUGACCGCUGUUGACCAGGGAACACUCAAAGGGAUGACCGCUGUUGACCAGGGAACACUCAAAGGGAUGGCCGCUGUUGACCAGGGAACACUCAAAGGGAUGACCGCUGUUGACCAGGGAACACUCAAAGGGAUGACCGCUGUUGACCAGGGAACACUCAAAGGGAUGACCGCUAUUAACCAGGGAACACACAAAGGGAUGACCGCUAUUGACCAGGGAACACUCAAAGGGAUGGCCGCUGUUGACCAGGGAACACUAAAAGGGAUGACCGCUGUUGACCAGGGAACACACAAAGGGAUGACCGCUGUUGACCAGGGAACACUCAAAGGGAUGGCCCUUGUUGACCAGGGAACACUCAAAGGGAUGACCGCUGUUGACCAGGGAACACUCAAAGGGAUGACCGCUGUUGACCAGGGAACACACAAAGGGAUGACCGCUGUUGACCAGGGAACACACAAAGGGAUGUAA